AUGCCGUGCACAAGCCCCACCCCCGCCCCCAUCACCCCCUUCGAGCGCCCGUCUCGCCCCAUCACCUUCCACGCCCGCUACUGUCUUGCUCGCCGCAACACUGGCUCUCCUCCUAUCCUUAUUAUAGCAGCUUCCUAUCCCUCUUCCAGCGUGGAACCGGACUACACCUUUCUGUCCACCCGCAUCGUACAGCUGCAAGAACACUUUCCGCAUCUCUAUGUUCGUAUCACCGGGCUUCGUACUACUACCCCGCGGGAAGAACUUCGCGAUGUACCUUGGACACCUGCUCAGGUGCUGAGAGAGGGCAAGUACGAGGACAAGGUGGACAGGUCGGAAGAACUCGAAAGGGUAUUGUUCAAGGAGGGACAGCGGAUGUGUGGGGAGGAUGUCGACCACCGUCCGUUGUGGCAAAUCUCAGUCUGGAGGAACCCCAACAAGGAACGCGUCUACAUCACAUUGGCGGCUGACCAUGUCAUUGUCGACGGCCGUGGUCUCUCCCUUCUCUUUGACGCCCUUCUCUUCAACGACAUCUCCCACCUGCCCUACGAGAAGCUCCAGGACAUUGAGCUGCUGGAAAACACCAUCAACAUCAAACCUUCCCUGUGGUACGCCCUUCCGAGGAUCUGGCAGGGUCAUAUCAUCGACAAGCUCCCCAAAUUCAUUCAAUCUUUCCUCGUCCCUCGUCCUUCGUGGCCUGGCGCCAAAAUUCACUCCAACCCUCUCGACGCGUCGCCCGAUUGCUCCAUGCUAUCCAUCUCUGCCGACAAGAUCUCGGCCCUUAAGCGAGCAGCAGCAGAGAAUCACGUCUACACUCUCCACCCUCUGCUCAAAUCCAUCUUCUCCCUCGCCAUCUGGUCCAAGCACCACUCUUCAAUCUCUCCUUUCCGCCUCCACGCCAUCACUCCUCGCUCUGAACGCAAUCCUACCUUAGGACAUGCAUACUGCAUGGCCAACUAUGUGAGCUUCUACAAUCUCCAGGUCAAGUUUGGAGAAAACGGUAAAGAGGGAAAGUUCUAUGAGGUGACGAGCAAGAUGGCUGGAGAGUUGGUUGACGCAACCAAGUUGAAGGAGGCGCGAAUGGGAAUGGGUAUCAUGGCAUACCUCCCAAACAAACAACUCAUACCCGAGGCGUCUUCCCUUUCUCCCUCUUCACUCAACAAGCUACAAAAGACCGACCGUUCCUCAACCCACUCCACUCAAGCUUUUCUUUCCAGUGCCGACCCUCGAGCUGCUACCACCUGGGAGCACUUCUUCCUCCAGACAGCGGCCUCUGUCAACCCUUACACCGACGCUCUCUGCUUUUCCAAUAUUGGACGAACCAAGCUCCCGCCUGGAGCGGACGACCUUGCUUGGAGCCAGAUUGCAGCAGGGGUCGCGGCGGCAGCGUAUUCAUGUACCGUUAUGGGGCAUGAAGCAGGUGUGAGAAUUGGGACCAUCUGGGUAGAAGGGGCGGCAGUGUUUAGAGAAGACGUCAAAGAUGUAGAGAGGAGAUUUAUGGUCAUCAUGGAGAGGUUGAUUCAAGGGGAGAAGGAGGUCAAGAAGCUUGUUGAGAACAUGGAGUCCAGUCAGCAACAGGAGGACGAUUAG